GAGAAGGGCACAGGGCGACCGCCCCUGCCCUUCCCUCGCUGCGACUCCGCGGCCACCGCUAGAUCCGUUCCCUCGCUCCAGCGUUCCCGCUGGGACCUUCCCGGCCCCGUGGCCUCCCCUUCGCUCCCCCUGCACUACAGCUCCCCUGCGGCCCCCUCCGAGGCGGGAACUUGGGAGGGACCGACGGGACCGGCGCGCGGGGCUGGCUCCGGCGCUGCGGCGAUGCCCGCGGGCCCCCUCCCCGCCACUUGCUCGCCCUGUGCCGGGGCUCCGGCCCCGACGGCUGCGCCGUGAGAUGACUUUCCGCGACCUCCUGAGCGUCACUUUUGAAGGACCCCGCUCGAACAGUAGCACUGGGGGCUCCGGCGCAGGCGGUGGAGCUGGCACGGCUGGACCUGAGGGCCCGGCGGUGGGCGGCGUGCCAGGGACCACUGGCGGCGGCGCUGUGGUGGGAACCGGCAGCGGCGAGGACAACCAGAGCUCCACGGGAGAACCGGGGGCUGCGGCCGGCGGUGAGGUGAAUGGCUCAGCGGCCGUCGGGGGGCUGGUGGUGAGUGCACAGGGCGUGGGAGUGGGAGUCUUCCUAGCGGCCUUCAUCCUCACUGCUGUGGCGGGCAACCUGCUCGUCAUCCUCUCGGUGGCCUGCAACCGCCACCUGCAGACGGUCACCAAUUAUUUCAUCGUGAACCUGGCGGUAGCUGACCUACUCUUGAGUGCAGCUGUGCUGCCUUUCUCAGCCACUAUGGAGGUUCUCGGCUUCUGGGCCUUUGGCCGGACCUUCUGCGACGUAUGGGCUGCUGUGGACGUGCUGUGCUGCACCGCCUCCAUCCUUAGCCUCUGCACCAUCUCUGUGGACCGGUACGUGGGUGUACGCCACUCGCUCAAGUACCCAUCCAUUAUGACAGAGCGCAAGGCCGCUGCCAUCCUGGCUCUGCUCUGGGCGGUGGCCCUGGUGGUGUCCGUGGGACCGCUACUGGGCUGGAAGGAGCCAGUGCCCCCAGAUGAGCGUUUCUGCGGCAUCACCGAGGAAGUGGGCUAUGCUGUCUUCUCUUCCGUGUGCUCCUUCUACCUGCCCAUGGCAGUGAUCGUGGUCAUGUACUGCCGCGUGUAUGUGGUUGCACGCAGCACCACGCGCAGCCUCGAGGCAGGCAUCAAGCGGGAGCCUGGAAAGGCCUCCGAAGUGGUGCUGAGGAUCCACUGCCGGGGUGCAGGUACUAGCGCCAAAGGAACCCAUGGGGCACAGAGUAGCAAGGGCCACACCUUGCGCAGCUCACUCUCAGUAAGGUUGCUCAAGUUUUCCCGCGAGAAGAAGGCUGCCAAGACGUUGGCCAUCGUCGUGGGUGUCUUCGUCCUUUGCUGGUUCCCCUUCUUCUUCGUCCUGCCACUGGGCUCUCUGUUCCCGCAGCUGAAGCCAUCAGAGGGUGUCUUCAAGGUCAUCUUCUGGCUGGGCUACUUCAACAGCUGUGUGAACCCGCUCAUCUACCCCUGCUCUAGUCGCGAGUUCAAGCGCGCCUUCCUCCGCCUCCUCCGCUGCCAAUGUCGGCGCCGCCGCCGCCGCCUCUGGCGCGUCUAUGGCCACCACUGGCGAGCCUCGACAGGCGACCAGCGCCCCGACUGUGCUCCCAGCCUGCUCGUCGCACCCCCGGGAGCCCCCCUGGCCCUCACUGCACACCCGGGCCCUGGUUCUGCAGGCACGUCCGAGGAACAGGCUUCGGUCUCCGGCCGUCGAAAGCCAGCCUCGGCCCUCCGGGAGUGGAAGCUGCUUGCGCCGCUGCAGAGACCCACGACCCAGCUGCGUGCAAAGGUGUCCAGCCUGUCCCACAAGAUCCGCUCUGGGGGCGCACGGCGCGCGGAAGCUGCUUGCGCCCUGCGCUCGGAGGUGGAGGCGGUGUCUCUAAGCGUUCCCCAAGAUGGGCCAGAGGCUGUCAUCUGCCCUGCCUUUGAGCCAGCCGACUACAGUAAUCUCCGGGAGACUGACAUUUAAAGACCAAGACCCAGGUUGAGAGGUGUGCUGGAACCAAGGGUGGAGUGCAUUUGGGGAUGCUGCCUUUGGAUCCAGGACUCUAACCAAGCCCCUGCCCCUUCCCUAGAGCAACAGGAGCUGGACCUGGAGUCGGAGCACAGCCUAGGUGGUGGGUUAUGGCGCCCCCUGCUGGACAUAGGUAUCCAGAGCUCUUCCUGGAAGGGAAAGACUGCAGGAUUCACUCUUCUCAUCCAGUCUGAGAAACUGCUUAGUCAGCUGAUCCUGAGGUCUGGGCAGAAGAUUUUAGGCAUGGCCACUCGCCUUGGGGAGGAAGGUACAGAUUCUUGUUUUGCUGCUCCUAGGGAAAAGAUCAGUGGGCAGUUUCUACUCCUCCUGCCACCCGGAGGAAAUCAGUAGACCUACCAUAGGACCGGCAAUACUGCAAGUGUCUUGGCGUGCUGGAUGCCUGCCACACAAACCUGUUGUUUUUCACCCUAAGCCCAUUCCUAACGUGUAUGCACCCUUCACCUGGCCCAGCCCUCACUAUUCCCCCGGGGCCUUACUGUUUACACUCUGUACAUAAUUCAUUGUGCCUGUCUGUGCCCAUCACUUCUCACUGGGAUUCCAGGCUGCUGACAGGGGAGAGCCAGCCUUAUUUAUCAUUUUGAAACCUAUUUAUUGGUAAGAGUACUUAUAUUUUGUUCA